CUCUAGUUCCUUUACGUUCAUACGCUACUGUGACAAGCUUGCCUACCGAAGAGUAGCGAGGACUUAUACCCCCUCUCUACAAAUCGGCUCAAUCACCACAACCCGCACCUUCACCAACAGAUACCAUCUAUACCCUUCAAAAACAUGCGUUCUCCAUUCGCAAUGGGCUGGACGAAAGCAGCCUUGGUCGCAGCAGCCUGCUUGACGGUCCCCGCCUCUCAGGCUGCAACAACAACUGGUCAGAACUGCACCACCCGUCCCGUUUCGCGCUACGGGGCGACCGAUUUCCUGUUUGUCAUUGAUGCUAGUGGUUCUAUGUGCCCUUACAUCGAUGUCAUUACCAAGCGUAUGGCGACCUUCGUUGCGCGGUUGAAGGCCGCCAACACCACGGACGCUCGCUUUGGUAUCGUUCUAUACGGCGGAAACCCCGUUAUUGUGCAGCCUUUCACGUCCGAUUCGGCUGCCACUCAAAAUGUUCUCGACGCUACUGGCUGCACCAAGGGUGGUCAAGAGGCUGCAUUCGAGACUCUUCGGAUGUCCUUAGUCAAUGACCCGCUGCUCGGCAAGGCUUGCGGAACCGGUUAUACCAGCGCUCAAUGCUCGUUAUUGUGGCGCGCCAAUGCAACUCGCUCAAUCAUCUUGGCCACCGAUGAAGACUCCGACCUUCCCACUCAAGCUAGCUAUCGCUUGUCUGGCCAGACCACGGCAAAUGCCCUCUGCGCGAGUUACUACUACAAGCUGGUCUCCUCCACCGGUCAGACUUCUUACGCCUGCUCAUCUUUGACGAUUGAGCCCACAUUUGACAAUAGGAUGUUCUGGACCUCAUACCCCGUAUCUGGUGGUAUUACCGGCGAUUACGCUCAGUACGUUCGUGCGACCAAGGACCGAGUUGUUCUGGAUGCCGCAUACCAAGCUGAGGUUGAUCUCGUCGCCGGUCUCAUCAUCAAAGGCGGCAUUCAACUAAACAUGUUGAUGCGCUCCGACAUCAAUGCGAACGCCGCUAACCCGAUCUCCUCGUACAAUCGAGCUUCGCUGUACUGGAAUGCCACACACAAGACUGCCGCAACCUACUCUGACAUCGACAACACGAACUCGCACACGUCCAUCCUGCAGUUCGGAAGCCCAGAGUCCGCUAGCCAGAGCGCCAACUACAGCAACUUCGAUCAGCAGAAGACGUAUAACAACCUGGUCAACAACGGGUUCCGAUACUCUCUGCAAGCUCAAGUCUUGGCGGGCAACGGAAUGAUGCGAUUAUACCCGAUUCAGGACUUGAUCGACCCGGUCAGAGGUCUUCAGGCCAUUGACAGUUUCUUCCAAGCCACCGUUGACAUGGUUGAAUACUGCCCCCCGGUUGUGUCGGUCAUCCCGACUCCUACUCCUAGUCCCACCCCGAUCAAGACGAGCACAUCUACGUCUACGUCCUCUACUUCGUCAACCUCGACCUCGACCUCGACCAGCACCAGUACUACGUCGUCCUCCACUAGUGUAUCGACCCGCACGAGCACAACCAGCACGACGUCGUCUACAUCGUCAACCUCUACGUCUAAGUCCACGAGCACUUCUACAUCUACAAGCACUACUUCGUCCGCCGCCCGUACAAGCUCUACAAGCACGACGUCGUCCGCCGCGCCCACUACAACCUCUACAAGCACCACAUCAUCCGCCAUGCCCACGACCAGCUCUACAAGCACCACAUCGUCCGCCCAGCCCACGACCAGCUCUACAAGCACCACAUCGUCCGCCCAGCCCACGACCAGCUCUACAAGCACCACAUCGUCCGCCCAGCCCACGACCAGCUCUACAAGCACCACAUCGUCCGCCCAGCCCACGACCAGCUCUACAAGCACCACAUUGUCCGCCCAGCCCACGACCAGCUCUACAAGCACCACAUCGUCCGCCCAGCCCACGACCAGCUCUACAAGCACCACGUCGUCCGCCGAGCCCACUACAAGCUCUACAAGCACCACAUCGUCCGCCCAGCCCACGACCAGCUCUACAAGCACCACAUCGUCCGCCGAGCCCACGACCAGCUCUACAAGCACCACAUCGUCCGCCGAGCCCACGACCAGCUCUACAAGCACGACGUCGUCCGCCGAGCCCACUACAAGCUCUACAAGCACGACGUCGUCCGCCGAGCCCACUACAACUCUACCUCGUCUUCUGAGGAGUCUACUACCACUUCGACGUCCUCAACUGAAGAGCCCAUAACGUCUUCCACGUUCACCUCAUCGGAGGAGCCGUCGUCCACCUCUACCUCAUCGGAGGAGCCCGCAACACCGUCGA